UAUGCAAUAUCACUAAUAAGUCAAUACACUUUUGGAUGCUAAGACAGAGGAAUAUCCAAAAAGGAAGUUCCAAUUAACAAAACUUCUUGGUUCUGGCUCGGAAGGAGGAGCCUUUCUUGCUAAUGCUACUGAAUGGGGCAAUAAUCCGAAAUAAGUAGUAAUUAAAAUACAAAAAAACAUGAAACCUGAUGAAAAAGAUUUUCUUUCUCGUUUAAUAGAUUACCAAAUAAAAUAUGAAAAUGGUAAAAAUUCAUAAUAUCUUCCUACUCAUCUAAUCAGAAUAUAUGAAUAUUUUUAAUGGUAAUAAAACCAUUGCAUUGUUAUGGAAGUUGGGCAAGAAGAUUUGUAUAAUUACAUAGGUAAAAGUUAGAAUGUAUCAAUAUAAGAAAAAGAAAAAAUUUGUUUUUAGGUAUAUAUUUUAAUAAAUAUAAUUAUAGAUUCUUUACCCAAUACGAUUUUUACAUGAAUAGAAGUUAGUCCAUCGAGAUAUUAAACCAGAAAAUUAUAUUAAAGUAGGAAAUAUUUUUAAACUUAUUGACUUUGGUUUAAUUAGGAGUUCUAUAUCUGAAAAUAAAACAUAAUAAGUUGGGACUAAAAUCUUUCAAGCACCAGAAAUUUUAGAAAAUAGCAGCUCAUAUACAGAUAAAGUUGAUGUCUGGUCAUUAGGAUGUGUUUAUUAUGAAAUAUUAUCAACUUAACCUUUGUUUGAUGGUAUAAAUAAAUUUAUAACCUUAGGAUAAUCUCAUUAAGAUAUAAAUAGAAAAAUUAAAAAUCAUAAAACUAAGCCAGAAUUGAUUAACAAUAAAAUCAAUUAAUUAUAAACUUCAUAAUAAUUUAAAAACAUUUUAAUUUAAAUGUUAUUUUAUGAAGAAAAUAAAAGGCCAUCAAUAGAAUAGAUUUAUAAUCAAUUCAACAAUUACUUAAAUCCAUAAUCUAUAGUUAUUCAAUAAAUUGUACUCAAACCAGAUAAUUUAGAACCAUAAUAACCAUAAGCAACUAAAUAAUAAGAAUAAAUAAAGCCUCAAAAUACAAAUCCUACUAUUAAAUUUUAAACUAAUAGUUCUGAAUAAUAAAAUCAAAAUAAAGAACUUAAUUUAAAUUAAGAAUAAACAAAGAUUACAUAAGAAAUGAAAAAAGACUAGAUUGAAUUAGAAGAAUUUAAUUAAUCCUAAUUAAAUUAGAUAUAAAAAAUUGUUGAGGAUAACUAGAUUAAAAUAUUAGAAUAAAUCAAUAGCAAUGUAGAAUCAAAACUUAAUGAAUCUAAAAAUUAAUUAUAAAGCCACGAUGUGGAUAUAAAAAAUUUAGGUUAAAAAAUAUAAGAUAUUGAAAACAAUAUGAACAAAAAACAAGAAGAGGAUAAACAUAAUUAAACAUAAAUUUAAGAAUAAUAGAGAAAAUUAGAUGAAUAAAAUAAAAAUUAAAUUAAAGAAAUAGAAUCUUAAAUCUAAAAAGAAAAAAAUGAUGAAAAAUAAACAUUAGAUAAGAAAUUGGAAUAAUUUUAAUAAUAAUUAGAAUAAUUAUCAUAAUAAAUAGAUAUGUAGAGAAAAAAUAUUGAAGAAUAGGACAUAGAAAAAUACAUAAAACAAGAAAUAUCACAAGAGAAUGAAAAGUUAAUUAAACAAUUAGAAUCAAAAUAUAAAAACUAAUUAGACCAUAUGUAAUAAUCACUGGAUCAAGUAUCAUAAACAUAGAAAGAAUAAAAUGAUUCUUUUAUUUCUCUUGUCAAAAAAAGUUAAAAUUAAGUAGAGGAAAUUGAAGGGUAAUGGAAAAAUUAUGAACAAUAAAUAUAUCACUCUUUAAAUGAAAUGAAAUUGUAGUUGGAAAAUUUAUAAUAAUCACAAUUAACAUUAACUUAGUAAUAUAGAAAUGAUAAUUCAGGACAAUAAUUAUAAGAUAAUUAGACACAAGGAUAAAAUAUAACUAAUCAAUAUAAAAUUUCAUCUUAAAAUAUCUAGAAUAAAACCAAUGAUUUUGAUCAAAGAUAAGUCAAUUAAAAUAUCUAAGAUAAACAAAUAUUUGUUCAAUAAUUAAAUUAAUUAACACCAAUGUUGGUCUAAGAUUUAACAUACGUAUUAUAAAAUUAAUCUAUUUAAAAUGAAAAAAAUUAAAAUAAUUAAUAAAGUAAUUAAUAAUAAACUUCAGAUUAAUAAUCAAAUAUUUAAGAAACAACAUAUUUUUAAGAAUAAAAAAGUGAGAAUCCUUAUUUAAAUAUAUAAUCAACAUAGGAAUACAAGAAUCUUAUUUAAAAUUUAAGAUGUGAAUUUUAGAAAUAAGGUAAUUAGUAUUAGGAUGAAAUUAAAAAAUAAUAAACAGCAUUAGCAGAGUUAAAGAAUAAAAAUAAAAAAAUUAAGAAAAAAAAUGAAUAAUAAGAAUAAUAAAUUGAGCAAUUGAAAAACACCGAAAAACAAGUUUAGUUCUUAAUUGAACACUUCAAGAAUAAGUAGAAUCUAUAAGAAUUUAUGAAAAAAAAUAAUAAACAAUAUUUGGAAUUGGUCGAGCUUAUAAACGAAAAUAAUUGUUGA